AUGCUUCUCGCGUUAGAGCAGGUGUAUGCCAGUGAGAGUGAGGAGACGCCACCCGGACUGAGGUUAAAGAAGGAAAAAAUUCCCAAGAACGGAAGACUGAAGAACAUGCAAAGGGAAAACCCCGCAGAAAUGAAAAAGAUGAUGAAGGCAAAAGGCCUGAUAGACAUCUCUGAGGAGGAAGGUUUAGUGCCUCUGAUCACCCCCACGGAUGGUACGGCUGUUCCCAAUGAAUACAUUGCCCGCCUUCUGCCUGGUGGCAAGUACGGAAGAAUUCGUCGCAUCCUGAAAGGAAAAGGUUCCAAAGAAAGAGUGAAGUUCAACAGAAAAAGCAGCUACGUCAUUCUUAGGGAUAUAAAUGCUAGUGACCUUCAACUGCUUCGCCAACUUACUGGCGAUAUUGAAGAAAUCGAACAAGCUAAGGAAAUGUCGGUAGAUCUAAGUCAUUGUGAAGGGUAUUUCCCGUCUGAUGAAACAUGGAAUUUAGACAGAAUAGACUACUAUGAGGAUGAUGACCGUUUUGCCACCUGGGCUCUCGGCUCUGAUAUAGACGCCUACGUCGUUGACACGGGAAUUAACCCUGGUCACAGUGACUUCGGAGGAAGAGUUCUGCCAGGGUGGCACGGAAGUCGUUUUUCCGAUAGUAAGGACUCCCAAGGUCAUGGUACCCAUGUGGCCAGUACCUUAGGAGGCGCCACCUAUGGAGCAGCCAAGGAGGUCACCCUAAUCCCCGUCAAAGUAUGCGGCACGACGGGUUGUUCAACUUCGGACAUCCUGGCAGGACUGAACUGGAUAAAGUCACGGGUUCAACAAAACAAGCGUCUGUCAAUUAUUAACAUGUCACUGGGUGGUCCGUAUUCCUCUACUUUCAAUGACGCCGUGUACGCGGUAUUGGAUGCAGGCAUCCCGGUGGUAGUCAGUGCUGGAAAUGACGGCAAGGCCGAUGCGUGUAAUAAAUCCCCGGCAAGCGUAACCGGAGCCCUCACUGUUGGCGCCACCCAGAUAGAUGAUUACUUGGCUUACUUCAGUAACAUCGGAUCGUGUGUCGAUAUUUACGCUCCAGGGAGGAAGAUCAGGGCCGCCAACUACGCAAACACCAACGGUUGGACCGAGAAAAGUGGGACGUCAAUGGCGUCCCCUCUCGUCGCCGGUGCAGCCGCGGGAAUGUUACAGGUUUUGCGCGAUGCUGGGUUCUACAGCCAACCAUCUGUAAGCGUUGUUGACGACGUCAACUUUUUGAUCAACAAGUUUGCAGAGAAGGGCACAGUGAAGGGACUCCCGUCUGAGGACAACAACAAUGUUAUGCUUCAUACCGGCUGCCUUUCUACCCAAACUUAA